AUGGAGAAAUAUUUAACAAAGAGAAAAAUUUCGGAUUCAUCAGAGGCAUCUAAUGUUGAUUUUUCUAAACAUAGCCGUGUGGAAAUCAAUUUACCAGAUCUUCCCUCAGACCCUGGAAUGAGGACUAGGAUUUUAGAUUAUGAUCCUAAUGUUCGAGACGAAGUUCGAAGAGCAUACCUCUUAAAAGGGCCUUGCCAACCUAAAUCUCACGAGUUUCCUUACACUCUUUUUGGCAAAAAACCACGAAGAUUUAAUGUUGCUUGGUUUAAUGUUAAAGAAUAUUCUACAUGGCUAGAAUAUAGUGUAACUCAAAAUGCUGUGUAUUGCUUAUAUUGUUAUUUAUUCAAACCAUAUGUUGGAGCACAAGGAGGCGGUGAAACGUUUGUUAGUGUGGGAUUUGAAAAUUGGGGACAUAAAGAAAAGUUGAAUCAACAUGUUGGAGGUUUCAAGAGUGUUCACAACCAAGCUUGGUCCAAGUCCAAGGAUUUAUUGAACAACAAACAACGUGUUGAUGUUGCGUUUGCAAAGCAUUUAACACAAAGUUCAAUAGACUAUGAUAUACGAUUGGAUGCAUCAAUUGAUUGUAUUCGAUUUCUAUUAAGACAAGGUCUUGCAUUUAGAGGACAUGAUGAAAGUGAAACUUCAGCUAACAGAGGGAACUUUAUAGAUUUGAAUCUAAAGUUGACUUCACCAGAUAUCCAAAAAGACAUUGUUCAUGCAGCUGCAAUUGAAACAACGAAGCUCAUUAUAAAUGAUAUUGGCGAAUGUUUUUUCUCUCUCCUUGUCGAUGAAUCUCGUGAUAUUUCGAUUAAAGAACAAAUGAGUGUUGUGUUGCGGUAUGUAGAUGUAGAAGGUCGUGUAAUUGAACACUUUCUAGGUAUUGAGCAUGUCCCAAAUACUACAGCUAUUACACUUAAAGAGACACUCGAUAAUUUGUUUUCAAGACAUGGGUUGAGCAUCUCCAGUUUGCGCGGACAAGGUUAUGAUGGGGCAAGUAAUAUGAAAGGUGAACUUGGUGGUCUUAAAACUUUGAUUUUGAAUGAAAAUGCAAGUGCAUAUUAUAUUCAUUGUUUUUCUCACCAGCUUCAACUUACUCUUGUAGCGGUGGCAAAAAAUAAUUCAAAAAUCGUUUCUUUGUUUGUGUUGCUAACCAAUGUUGUGAAUGUUGUUGGAGGUUCUUGCAAGCGUCUUGACCGUCUUCGAGAACAACAAGCUUCCAAAGUUAUUGAAGCACUUGGCUUAGGUGAAAUCAUAAGCGGUCGAGGCCUCAAUCAAGAAACAUCUCUUAUCAAACCGGGAGACACACGUUGGGGAUCCCAUUAUGGUACUUUGAUAAGUAUGAUUACAUUGUUUCCAUCCGUUUUAGAUGUUCUUGAGAUUAUUACGGAAGAUGGAGCAACCCCAGAACAAAAAUGUGAAGCUGAUAUGUUAAUUAACUCCUUGCAGACCUUUGAUUUCAUAUUUUCUUUGCACUUCAUGAAAAAAUUAUUGGGUAUUACGAAUGAGUUGUCCCAAGCAUUGCAAAGGAAAGAUCAAGAUAUUGUAAAUGCAAUGAACUUGGUUAGAAUUUGCGAGAUGCAAUUGCAAAAUUUGAGGGAUAGUGGAUGGGAUUCUAUGCUCACUCAGACUACAUUGUUUUGUAAAAGACACGAGAUUGAGGUUUGCAACAUGGAUGCAAUGUUCUUACUUCCUGGACGGUCACGACGAAAAUAUCCAAAGAUGACAAACUUACACUACUAUCGUGUAGAGUUAUUCUACGAUGUCAUUGAUUUGCAACGCACAGAACUAGAGAGUCGUUUUAGUGAGACUAGCACCAAAUUGCUUCUUUUCAUGGCGUGUCUCAAUCCAAAUAACUCAUUUGCAGCUUUUGAUAAAAACAAAUUAAUUCAGCUAGCUCGUUUAUAUCCAAAUGAUUUUUCAGAUAUGGAUUUGGAGAUACUUAACGAUCAACUAGAAACUUAUAUUCUCGAUAUGUUGAAUUCGUCAGAGUUUUUGAAUCUAAAUGGGAUUGGCGAUCUUGCACAGAAGAUGGUUGAAACAAAAAGGGAUAAAGUGUUUUCUAUGGUUUACUUGCUCAUCAAAUUAGCAUUGACGUUACCGGUUUCAACAGCAACAGUUGAGAGAUCGUUUUCCGCUAUGAAGAUUGUGAAGAACAGGAUACGCAAUAAAAUGGGAGAUCAAUGGAUGAAUGAUAAUUUGGUUGCUUAUAUCGAAAAAGAGGUUUUUGCGGAUGUUGCCAAUCAAGAUAUCAGCAAUAUAAAUCAUAUGAAACUUGAAGAUAAACAAGACACUCAAAUGGAAGUUAAUCGGUUUGAUCAGAGAGAAAAGGUGGAUGCUUACCCAGCCAUGGUGAUGAAUGAUUGGUGUGAAAUAGCUUUAGGGCACCAUCGAUCUUCAACACACACACGCCACCUUGACCCAGUCGGAUUGUCGCCUUGCUGGAGGCGAGACCCAACUAUCCUUCCUCUUCAAUUUCUUUCAUCUGCUUUCGACAGAGGAGGUCAAACAGUCGAUAACCCUAGGAUGUUGAAAGCUAUGGUUCUCAUGAAUGGAGGAGACAUUGGAUUAUAG